AUGCCGCUUCCACCGGCGCUUUUGGCUCGUCUUCAAAAGCGAGGAAUUAUCAAGCAAGAGGAGGAAGUUAUCGCUGAAAACUAUGAUAAAGAGCCGGAGAAAAAGCAGCGAUUCGAGGAGAACGCCUCCGGAGCGCCUGGCUGUCCGAACAAAUAUAAUCAAUAUCAUGUCUGUGUGGAAUUUUGCUACGAUCAUUGGGGAGACGGUACUCCAGAAUAUCGUUUGCCAGAAAAAUACGUGGCGAAUAAGAAUCGAAUGCUAGCCAACUUCCCUUUGCCAGAAAACUGGGUCGAGGUGUAUGAUGAAGGAAUUUCCAAGUACUAUUUUUGGAAUAAGCUCACUGAUGAGGUCUGCUGGUACUCUCCACGUCAUCCUCGUGCUAUUAUCAGUGAUCCAGCACCCAGAAUUGCCAAGGAGCAUGCGCCGGCACUUUUCGGAGAUUCUGGAGCAGGAAUUCCGGAAGAGGACAACGUGGCACGACGGAAGAAUCGAGGUGGAAACGAAAAGCCACGUGGCGAGAAGCGGAAAAAGGGGCGGGGCGAUCCAAUGAUGCAAGAUGGACCGGAAUCUGAUGAGGAUGAAGUGCAGGAGAUGAAUAAUAGGGAUCGGCUUAAAAGAGCGAAAAGGAAGGGAAUCGAUCCGAUGGACCCGGCGGCGUACGGUGAUGCUCCUGUCGGCAAAUGGUCAGACGGACUUCGUGUAGAUCAAGUGACCGGUGCUGACGUCACCGCUGGUGGACCGCUAUUUCAACAGAGACCCUAUCCGGCUCCAGGAGCAAUUCUCAGGAAGCAGAAGCCACAAGACGAGGAGGAGGAAUAA